CACGUCCUGUCCAUUCCCCGAUAUAGUGGACCUCCUGCAGAGCUGUGCUUUCCACAUGCAGAGACUUUGACAGCUCCAUGGCAUAGACACAUACUGGGUACAGACAGUAGCCUACAGGAGAACAGCAUCCUUAUAUUUUAGCAGUCUCUCCCUCCCCCAAAAUACUACCCUGUCUCCCAGCCCCCUCUCUCCCUCUAAGAGAGCCUCUCCCUGGGGCCAUGCCCAUCCUACUUAAUGCCGACACCUCCUUCAGCUCCAAGCAGGAGCUCCUGGACCUCCAGAACGGCCCCAUAGGCCCCUCCCUGGAUACACCCAGCCCCUUGAACUCUCACGAGGAUAGCCCAGUGGGCUCAGGCCCCGGCAGCCCUGCUGGAGAAGGCCCUGCUGGCCACCUCAUCUUCACCAGGGCGUCUGCCCCUCUGCCUGGACAGCUUUACGGGGUUGAGGUGCCCACAGAGACCCCCCUGGGCCUCAAAUUCAUCCCCACGGACUCAGAAGGGCUGUGUGGCUGGGGGGCCCUGACGCCCCGAGCCAUCCAGACCUUCAACACCCCUCGCUGGGUGCUCUUCUUCCUCUGUGUGGCUUCCUUCCUCCAGGGCAUGAUCAUCAAUGGCUUCAUCAACACCGUGGUGACCUCCAUAGAGAGGCGCUUUGACCUGCGUAGCUACCAGGCUGGGCUCAUCGCCAGCUCCUACGACAUCGCUGCCUGUGUGUGCCUGGCCUUCGUCAGUUACUUUGGUGGGACGGGGCACAAGCCUCGUUGGCUGGGCUGGGGGGUGCUAGUCAUGGCGCUAGGCUCUCUGGUGUUCGCCCUGCCUCACUUCACCACUCCCCCAUACCAUGUCAGCAUUCCUGAGCGGACAGGGGUGUGCACAGGAAACCGUACCAGCCCUUGCCAUGAUAGCGAGGGUGGGGGCCUGUCCAGCUACCGCUUUGUCUUCAUGCUGGGCCAGUUCCUGCACGGGGUGGGAGCCACUCCGCUGUACACUCUGGGGGUCACCUACCUGGACGAGAACGUCAAGUCCAGCUAUGCUCCAGUGUACAUUGGGAUCUUCUAUACAGCAGCCAUCGUGGGUCCAGCAGCAGGGUACCUUCUAGGAGGACACUUUCUCAACAUCUAUACAGAGGUUCACAUGACGACGGAGCUGACUCCAGAGAACCCUCUGUGGGUGGGGGCCUGGUGGAUUGGCUUCCUUGCAGGAGGGGCAGCAGCGCUGGUCAUCGCCCUGCCCAUCCUGGGCUACCCACGCCAACUACCAGGCUCUCAGAAGUAUGUGGCCAUGCGUGUGUCUGAGGCCCACCAGCUGAAAGAUGGCAGUCAGGCCAGUGCAUCAGACCCUCAGUUUGGGAAGUCAGUGAAGGACAUGCCUAGGUCAGUGUUGCUCCUGCUGAAGAACCCUCCCUUCCUCUUCCUGUGUCUGGCGGGGGCCACGGAGGCCACCCUCAUCGCUGGCAUGUCCACCUUUGGCCCAAAGUUCCUGGAGUCUCAGUUCAGCUUGAGUGCAUCUGAGGCAGCCACAUGGUUCGGCUACAUGGUGGUGCCCGCGGGUGGGGGGGGCACCUUCCUGGGCGGCUACAUUGUGAAGAAGCUGAACCUACGUUGCCGUGGCAUCAUCCGUUUCUGCAUGGUGUGUGCCCUCGUCAGUCUACUGGCCAUAUUCAUCUUCCUCAUCCACUGUCCCAAUGCCCCUAUGGCCGGGGUGACUGCUCCCUACCGCAGCAACUUGCCACCGGGCCAUCACAAAUUAAUAUAUUUAGCUAAAAAUAACCAUUCAACUCUAUUUCUCUCUCCCUCUCUCAGCUCUUUGUUGGGGGGCAACCUGACGGUGGGGUGUAAUGCAGAUUGCCACUGUUUACGAGAGCUCUAUAACCCAGUCUGUGGAGCCGACGGUGUGAUGUAUUACUCCCCAUGCCAUGCAGGAUGCAGCACAAUCAACCACACAGAGAUCUCAACAGGUAGACAGGUGUACUCGGGCUGCAGCUGUGUGGUGGGUGGGAAUGUGACAUCGGGGCAGGAGGGCCUGGCAUUGGAUGGGAAAUGCACUAGCUCCUGUAGCCACAUGCCAGCCUUCCUCACCUUCCUCUUCAUCAUCAUCUCCUUCACCUUCCUGUGUAGUAUACCAGCCCUCACCGCUACCCUCAGGUGUGUUCCAGACAACCAGAGGUCCUUUGGACUGGGGAUCCAAUGGAUUGUGGUGCGAAGUCUAGGUGGGAUCCCAGGCCCGAUAGCAUUUGGCUCUGUGAUCGACAUCUCAUGCCUGCUGUGGGAGGACCAGUGUGGAGAGCAGGGCUCCUGCCAUCUCUACCAGAACUCUGCCAUGAGCCGCUACACCCUUAUCGCUGGCAUCAUCUACAAGGUUCUCGGCACGCUGUUCUUCCUGCUGGCCAGUGUUUUGUACAAGCCCCCUCCAGAGUCGCCCCAGAGCAGCUGUGAGAGCACCGACCAUGGGCCGGGGGACAGCGGGGGCGAGACGGGGGACCUCCCCAUCAAGGACCUUCCACCAGAGAUCAUCGCCAAUGUACACACCAGGUUAUGAUGACUUCAGACCCCACCCACCCUGCACUACAGUGUGUAUCACCCCACAUCUCACCGCACGUGUAUGUUGGUGUGUGUGGCGUAGUACUGCUUCCCCCAUCACUGCCAGCCUAUGCCCGUCUCAUAGCCACUCCCAACACAUAGACACAUCACCCCAGGGCAUGUCUCACCUACUGACCCCACGUUCAUCCCAUUGGCCUGCCCUCCACUGCCAGCCCACUGAACUUGGGGUGUGUGUUAUGUGAUGAAAGACUAGGGUCACAGAUAGCGUCAGAGGUUAAUCUGAGAAGUAGCUAAGAGGUUUCUCCUGAUGGCUUUUGGGAUUUAAACCAGUCCAAAAUCACAUUUUUAAAUUAAGAUUUUGUUUUGUUUCCCAGUAGGGUCUAAGGGAUGUGACAUAUGGGCUGUUUGUAUAGCUUAUGUCAUGCCAUGAGUAUGAAGCAUUCCUUCUGAGUGUUGAAAGAGGCAUUUACACCCGUAAAACAACCCUGUUGUCUUGCCCUAUCACAGAUACAUAUUUUUUAUCUACACCGAAACAGAAUUGAAAUACAUAUAAAAACUAUAGACCAAGAGUAUUUAAAGGCACUUACUGUUAUUAUAACUAUACCUAUUGAAGAAAAUAACACACAUAUAUUUUAACAAAUGGAAGAGCACACACCUAUUUAUGACAGCCUUUAGCACAUGUAUGACAUUGAAUGACCUGUAGCAGGCUGCCAUUUAACAGAAGUGAAGACAAAACCCAAGAGAGGCCAUGAAGAUGAUGAUGCUAUAUCAUCCUGUCCACGUGUCAUACAACAAGACAAACUAUUUUGUAUGAAGGGGUAAUACCAAGACCCUUUUUCACAACCAGACACAUUGCUGCACUUUAAAACUAAUCAGCUCUGAUGAAUUUAGACAAUGGUAUUAUAUGAGAGUUAUUCCGACAGUGUAUGCUGGUUGUAAUAAAUUGUAGGAACAAUGCACUAAUGGAAUGAGUUGCCAUAAAAACAAGAACAACAAGCCUCUUAUCCAAACCUACAAGUGUGCCAAAGUAGCAUUGCCCCAAUCUCUCUUCUGUUUUGUGAUCUAGAUAAUUUAUGUAUGAUGGAAAUUAAAAGCACAGAUUUCUCAUAUAGUCUUUCAAUUUGUUGUUUUUCGCAUGAUUUGAUAUUGUCCAGACAUAUUUGUAUAAAGAGGCUGUAGUUAAUGAUUUAUACUGAAAAAUGGACCCAUAGAAGUUUACCAUGACAAACAAUCUCUCCUAGAACUACCCUGUUCUAUAAAGUGUUAAAAUAUAGUCUUUGUUGUUUAAUGUAACAGUAAUGACACUUUACAACUUGUGUUGGUAAUUUGCAUUUCUCAUGUUUUUGUUUUACAUGUAUUCAUUUGUUAUGGACCCAAAUGCCUCCAGAUCAGCUCUCCCCCAUUCUCCAGACAGGGAGAGCGGGGCUUGACCGCCAUUAGAGAGUAUGUGUAAUCACAAACAUUCCUAGUCUUAUUGUUAUGCCUCCUCACUCCCUAGCACUUCGUAAAAUUAGACUUUUGGAUU